ACGGCCAAGUCGGUGAAGACGGGGAGCAGUCACGAUAUCGCGGGGGACUUGUACUUCUGGGUCACGCACACCAGUCGGGAGAUGAAGGAGAGGAGUGCUGAAUCCAAUUCCAAACACAACAAAAACCACAUCACGGUGCACCUGCACUUCAUCACGGAAUCGGAUUUGCGGCAGGAAUUAAC